AUGUCCCAGCUUUUAUUCCCUUCAAGGCAUGAGGAGAUUCCUUUUCAACCAAAUGGUAAUGCUUACAGAGACACGACUUCAUGUCCCCAGCUUUAUUCAUUCAAGGCUGUAGAAGAUUCCUUUCAGCAACCAAAUGGUAAUGCUUCAGAGACGACUUCAUGUCCCAGCUUUAUUCCUUCUUCAGCAACCUGCUGUGAAGAUUCCUUUCAACAACCAAAUGGUAAUGCUUCGAGACGACUUCAUGUCCCAGCUUUAUUCCUUCAAGGCUGUGAAGAUUCCUUUCAGCAACAAGUGGUAAUACUUCAGAGACGACUUCAUGUCCCCAGCUUUAUUCCUUCAAGGGCUGUAGAAGAUUCCUUUCAGCAACCAAAUAAUAAUGCUUCAGAGACGACUUCAUGUCCCAGCUUUUAUUCCUUCAAGGCUGUAGAAGAUUCCUUUCAGCAACCAAAUAAUAAUGCUCAGAGACGACUUUGUCCCAGCUUUUAUUCCUUCAAGGUUGUAGAAGAUUCCUUUCAGCAAGCAAAUGGUAAUGCUUCAGAGACGACUUCAUGUCCCAGCUUUAUUCCUUCAAGGCUGUGA